UGGAUGAUUAAAAUUUAGAACAGAGAAUCUGGUCCUACCCGUAUCAAAUGAGUGCGCACGAAACUAGAAGCUUCGGGUAAUCUCGAAGCAAAACAAGCAGCUGAUUGGAGUACCGGUUUUACGCACCUAGCUUCCACGACUCAUAUUUCUAUUUAAGAAUCCACUUACCAAAAGCCUCUCCACUUAAUCCAAACUCAAUUUCUUAGCUAUAAAUUUAGCUUCAAUAAAAAAAUUAACCCAUGGAGAAAUCUGUAAUGGUGGUGGGGAUAGAUGACAGCGAUCACAGCUUCUACGCUUUGGAGUGGACUCUGCAACACUUCUUCUCCGCUUCGCCGGAGAAUUCUCCGUUCAAGAUCGUCGUCGUCCACGCCAAGCCGUCGGCUCUCGCCACUGUCGGCCUCGCGGGCCCCGUAGGUGCUGCUGAUGUGCUGCCGUAUGUGGAUAUGGAUUUGAAGAAGAUUGCUGCUAGGGUUAUUGAGAAGGCCAAGGAAAUUUGUGCUGCAAAAUCGGUGAAUGAUGUGAUAUAUGAGGUUGCGGAGGGCGAUGCUAGGAACGCCCUGUGCGAUGCCGUCGAAAACCACCAUGCCUCUGUCCUAGUCGUCGGUAGUCAUGGUUAUGGAGCUAUAAAGAGAGCUGUUUUGGGCAGUGUAAGUGACUACUGCGCUCACCAUGCUCACUGCUCAGUGAUGAUAGUCAAGAAGCCCAAGAUCAAACACUAGGCUUCUCAAAUUAAUUUUGAUGCCUCUAUCUCUCACUACUGCUUUUGAAUAUAUACAAUAAUUGAUUUUAUUUGCAAUGUAGCCAUUUACUUAUUUUCUUCUCAUAGUGAUAUACUCGUAUCAAAGGUUAUAUAUAUUUACAAUUGUGUAGAUAACUCAACUCUUGCAUCGUGCGAGCUGUAUUAUUAGAUCUCUUUAUAAAGUUGUUGGGGAAAACAUGGGCAAGGAGUAAAUCAAGCUGAAAAUGAAUCAAUAAAUGGAGAAAACGAUCUCGUGAUA